UCCUUUUCUUUCUUUUACAUCAUAUAUAAUAGAAGAAGAAAGAAAGAAAGAAUUGCUUGAAUAGAAAUCAAGAAAUGGCAGAAGGAGGAAGGACCUUGGAAUACACUCCAACAUGGGUUGUUGCAGUUGUUUGUUGUGUUAUCGUUGCUAUUUCUCUUGCUGUCGAAAGGAUCCUUCACUAUCUUGGCAAGUUAUUGAAGAGAAAACAACAGAAACCUCUCUUUGAAGCCUUACAGAAGAUCAAAGAAGAGUUGAUGCUUUUGGGGUUUAUAUCACUGUUAUUGACAGUGUUUCAAGGUAGUAUUAACAAAAUCUGCAUAACGGAGGAAUUGGCUAAUAAAUGGCUUCCUUGCAAGGAAGAAUCUGAUACUACUGGCACCACCGCGCACUAUCAGACCUCGUUUUCUUUCAUUUCCGGUGGUUCCCGCCGUCGCCUUCUGGCUGAGGAAUCUAAAUCUAGCUGUGCUGAGGGAAAGGUUCCAAUUUUAUCUACAACUGCAUUGCAUCAUCUUCAUAUUUUUAUCUUUGUGCUAGCUUGUGUCCAUGUGGCUUUCUGUGCUCUAACCAUUCUUUUUGGAAGUGCAAAGAUAAGACAAUGGAAGCAUUGGGAAGAUUCUGAAUCUGGGAAGGAAAAUGAUCCAGAAGAAGCAGGAAAUGCAAAGCUUACACAUGUUCAAGAUCAUGACUUUAUCAAGAAACGGUUUCGGGGUAUGGGCAAGGACUCUUAUAUAAUAGGCUGGGUGCAUUCAUUUUUCAAGCAGUUUUAUGGUUCUGUUACAAAAUCUGAUUAUAUAACAUUGAGACUAGGCUUCAUUAUGUCUCAUUGUAGGGGAAACCCUAAAUUUAACUUUCACAAGUACAUGAUGCGAGCCCUCGAAGCUGACUUCAAGAAAGUUGUAGGAAUAAGUUGGUAUCUUUGGUUAUUUGUGUUUAUUUUCUUGCUGCUGAAUAUUGCUGGUUGGCACACAUAUUUCUGGAUCGCGUUCGUUCCCUUCAUUCUUCUACUAGCUGUGGGUACUAAAUUAGAGCAUGUAAUUACACAAUUAGCUCAUGAGGUUGCAGAGAAACACGUAGCAGUCAAAGGAGACUUGGUUAUUCAACCUUCAGAUGAUCAUUUCUGGUUCCACAGGCCUCAAAUUGUUAUAAUUUUGAUCCAUAUCAUCCUAUUCCAAAAUUCUUUUGAACUUGCAUUUUUCUUCUGGAUAUGGGCUCAAUAUGGUUUCGACUCCUGUAUAAUGGGACAAGUUGGUUACAUUAUCCCAAGACUUAUUAUAGGGGCGUUCGUUCAGUUCGUCUGCAGCUAUAGUACAUUGCCAUUAUAUGCAAUUGUCACACAGAUGGGAAGUUCAUUCAAGAAAGCAAUAUUUGAUGAACAUAUUCAAGUAGGGCUUGUUGGUUGGGCUAAGCAAGCUAAAAAGAAUACAGUUCUUAGAAAGGCAGCUCAUGGCUCUAGCCAAGUUGGUCACAAGGAGGAUUCUCCACCAGCAGUUCAGUUGGCAAACAUCGGAGACAAGGAAUCUGCAAUGGAAGAUAUUGUACAGCAAACAGCCUCUGGUAGGCCAAACUGAAAAGCAUCAUAUCUCUGAAUGCUCGUGUGUUGAGUUGCCACUGUCGCAAAAUACUCCAACAUAAUAUCUUAUAUUUUGUCCUUUUAGAUUUAGUUCCAAGAUUUGCUUAUGUAAUCAAGACUUUGUUCUAGCUCUGGGGCCAAGUAAAGUUUAAAAUUUCCCUUUGUUUCUUGUCCCUAAGGACCCAAGUAGUAGUAGUCUCAUCUAUAUGUUUGCAUAAACUAUAGAUUUUUAUUAAGUAAUGAAAUCCGCUUCCUCUGUGUUGCAGAUUUAAGA